UGGGUUAAAGGCUGACUCUGCAGGCAACGCGUAGCUCUCCCCGUCUACCUCCCAUUCCUAGUUCACUUUACUGCUUGGUGGGGGGGUUGUCUGUGUUAUCUGCAGGCUCGGCGCCCGAGUUGUGUAUUGUCACACACUGGUUACUGUUUUUUUUUUUUUUUUUUAACUCAACGUAGUACAGUUUUAUUAAAUUCGACCAUGAACGCGUUAUAGAGGAAACCACAUUCAAAAUCAUCGUUUCGACCAGUUUUUAAGCUUAUUUAUUCGUGUUACAUAUGAGUUGUUGCACACACGUAACAUGGAAAGGGAACGCAUUACUGGCUAAAUGAUCCCUAAGUUGGGAUUCAUAAUAGGAUACGGACAAUGUAAGAGCAGGUCUUCAUGUCAUUGAUACAUCUGCUUAACCGGAGGGAAGGACAGAGCUGUAUCCAAAACCAUCUUUGAGGUGACCGCAGCCAUUCAGAUAUCUCCCUUAGUCUUUUUUUAUUUAGAAGUGGACUGCUUGUGGGGAGGGAUUAGCCUUCCCACCGCUACACAAAAACACCAUGACCACCUCAUCGCUACGCCGCUCGGUCAAGAACAUGGUCAACAACUACACCGAUGCGGAGAUCAAAGUGCGCGAGGCUACCUCCAACGACCCCUGGGGGCCCCCUACCUCGCUCAUGGCCGAGAUCGCUGACAUGACCUUCAACGUGGUGGCCUUCACCGAGGUCAUGGGCAUGAUCUGGAAGCGGCUGAACGACCACGGCAAGAACUGGCGCCACGUUUACAAGGCCCUAAUGCUGCUGGACUACCUGAUCAAGACGGGCUCGGAGCGGGUGGCGCAACAGUGCAAGGAGAACAUCUACGCCAUCCAGACGCUACGCGACUUCCAGUACAUCGACCGCGAUGGCCAGGACCAGGGCAUCCACGUGCGUGAACGCUCCAAGCAGCUGGUCUCGCUCAUCCGGGACGACGAGCGACUGCGGCAGGAGCGCGCCCAGGCCCACAAAACCCGGGAGCGCAUGGCGGGCACCAGCAUGGGUUACGGGGCGAUUCCACCCCCGUACCCGGGGCGCCGCAGCAGUCAGCCCAGCAUGGGUGCCCUGUACGGGGAGGAACACGGCAGGCCCCGAGGGUCCCCAUCUUCCUAUAAUUCCUCUUCUUCCUCCCCCCAACUAGCGCCGGAUCUGGAGCAGGCGCGGCCGCAGACCAGCGGAGAGGAGGAGCUGCAGCUGCAGCUGGCCCUGGCCAUGAGCCGAGAGGAGACUGAGAAGCCGCCUCCACCGGCUGUGGAUAUCGAUGAGCAGACGCAGCUCCAGAUUGCCAUGAGCCUCAGCAAGGAGGAGGCAAUGAAGCCACGUCCACCCCCACCUGUGGCUCUGGAUAUGGAUGAGGAGACCCAGCUCCAGAUUGCGCUGAGCCUGAGCAAAGAGGAGCAUCAGCAGGUGAGGAGAGAGCAACAGAGUCGCCGAGGAGAUGAGUCCAUGCUCCAGAAAGCUCUUGAGGAGAGUAAGCGAGAGAUGGAUGCAAAGAGAGGGGGGUCGGCCAUGAUGGAUCUUGUAGAUAUUUUCGCUCCAGCCCCUGCUGAGCCCUCGAGUGGCCACUCCUGGGACUUGGCAUCUGGUGAUGUCCACGCUGCGCCUGCAGGCCCCCUGAGGGUUGACCCUUGGGACUCUCUGGCAGAGGCCAGCUCAGCGAGAGGAGCGAGUGGCUCCUGGUUGGCGACGUCAGCCUCCGCCAGUCGACCGCAGCAGUCUUGGGAUCACAGAUCGAGCCCUGCUGAUCCUUGGGACGCUCCCCAGAGUGCUCCCAGGUCCAACCUCGCUGGCCAGGUGUGGUCAUCCCCUGCCCACAAAGGAGGGGAUCUUUUUACAACUCCUGCAGAAAGCCAAAGGCCUCUCGGUGUACUAAAGCCCUCCUCCCCCCGUGCAGGCAGUCCCUCAGAUGGAGACCUGUUUGACGAGGCCAUGGACGGAGGUCAGAUGAAUGUGAACGGGCAUGGCGGGGGCAGCCCUGAGCCUUUCGACAUGUCCCGUCUGGGAGAGAGUCUGGCCGACCUCAAGCCCCGAGCUUGCCGCACCCCUGAGGCUUUCCUGGGUCCAGUAGCCGCAUCACUCGUCAACCUGGACUCUCUCAUCCCCACCAGUCCUGCACCCAAGACCCUGAACCCAUUCCUCACAGGUGUGGCCGCAGGGCCAAGCACCACAGCAGCCUCGAAUCCAUUCCAAAGUGAUCAGCCGCGCCUCACCCUGAACGAGAUGCGUCCCAACUCCACGUCCCCGGUGCCCCAGUCGGGCUCGUUGCCCUACAGUGCCUCCCUGCCCUUGCCCCUGCCUUCCAACCCACAACCCUCGUCGCUGCCCUCCUCCCUCACCCAGCCUCCCGCCGCUGCCACCGCUGCUGGUGUGCCGAUGGCCGCUGGUCGACCCUUGGACCUGCCCGGCAACCUGCCCCAGCCGCUGCUGCCCCUCUCCUCCGCCGCCAUGCUCGGACCACCCGGAGUGGACCUGCAAAACCAGAACCCUUUCCUCUAAGACGUUCUCGUGGCCCUUGCAAGGGAGCGCUGUUGUAGGUUGUGAUUUUUUCAGAUGCUCAGUUGGCCCUGCUGGGGAAAGACGGCUGUAGUUUUUUUUUUCUUCUUCUUCUUCCUAAAUGUUAAUAGACCUGUAGACUCAACUGGAACUAAAGUCAGCACUGACUGCUCUGUUUAAUAACCUUGAGUUUUAUAUGGGCUUAACUACCUUCACAUACUUUGCUAUUACCUGGUAUCACUUGUCAGCCAGUGUGCUCUGCAUAGGACCGGCACGGUGGCAGGAGAGGGAACGGAGACAAAAAAACAAACACUAUUCAGAUGCACAAACGCGGAGAGAGAGGAGAGACGCGUCAGCUGUCAUCGGAGCGAAGUCCUAAUGAAGGCGUUUUCUUCCAAGAUAUUUUUAAUACUUCCUUUGAUGCCACAAGAGCAUUUAUUCACACUGCUUCAGCUGAUUCACAUAUGGCCCAUGCACUGUGCCGUGCUGAUCCAAGUACUGAAUGUAUGUACACACACCACGUGUCUUUGCUUAUUCCACUUAAACACAACCGCACCCCUGCCCCAUAGAACCAGAACGCCUCUGGAUUGGCUGCUGCACACAGACUGGGCCGUUUCCCCGGUUACACCCGGGGGAUAACGCGCAUCUGUGAACAAAACGGCGAGGGACAAGAGCCAAGAGGUCCCAUUUAGAUAAUGAGACCCAGCUAGCUGGAUAAAAGCAACUUCAGACAUCAUGCUGAGGAUUGCUAGAGGAGAGCGGGAUUUUAGGAGUUUUGAUUUGUGUGCACAUGUGUGUGAGUGUGUGUGUGUGUGUACGGUUGCGUGUUGCCGGGAGUGGAGGUGUGGGUAAUAUGACACAGUAUAUGACACUGACUUUUCAGGGAAUGAAGCUACUGCAGAACCAUCAUGCUAACAGAAUGUAAGAAAAGUGAGAAUGUGUUGCUUUAUGAAAUAUUGCUCUUGAAAUAUAAGGAUGCAGUUAACAACUCAACUUGCAGCACUUCCAGUUCUUUAUUCCUCAGUGUUUUCUUUCCCUUCAUUCAGUUGUCCAGACACAACAAUGGUGUUUGAAUCACGAGCAUCUUAAGUUCUGUUUUAUGUCUCUGUACAUCAUACUCAUUCUGUAGGUUGUUUAUAGCACAACAGGCACCGUUUCAUCACGGUUUUACCUGUUCUUUGAAGCAAGAUCAACAAGUAUGCUGACUUAACUAUUAAAGCUGCCCAGUAUUGGUUCUGUCUGUGCCACCCAGUAAUACAACAGAAAAGAAAAGCCAGGUGAAGUGGUCCCUUUAAAAAAGGGCAGCCAUUCAUAAUGUUGGUUUUUCAGACAAUUAUCAUGUAUUUCCACCACAUGGAGUAAAUCCCAUUCAGUCCAAAAUACUGGGCUUUAUCAUGCGGUUUGUUGGCUUCCAGAUUGGAGCAGAGCUCUAGAACAGUUCCUGGUGUUUUCAACCCAUCUUCAGGUCACGUAAGGCUGUCUAACCAGCUCAACACUUCCUUCAGUCCUUGGCCAGAGCGUGCGCUCACCUCCAGCGUGGUGAUGGAUUGAGGGGCGGUGGCAAUGAUAUCAUCUAUUCUGAAAAGUGAUUUCAUCUCCAUCAGGGUCAUAGUGCAUGGAAGAUCCCUGAAAAAGAAAGCACAGGAAAAAUGAACUUAAGAGUUGUGUGGCAAACGUGCCUUAUAAUCCAAUACAAACCGGUCCUGAGAGAACCUCUAAAAGAAAUGGAUCCCACACAACCAUGUUCAGAGUGACUUAGGAAUGAGCCACCUCACCUUUUGUUGAAGAGCACAAGCACGGAGGCACCGUGAAGAGGUUCAGCUGAGAGGACCGACAAGAGCUGGAUGCAGGAGGAGGCUAUCUGGGUGAUGUUGGCUGAAUCCACCACAAACUGGAAUCAGAAACAUUGCACAUUCACAAGGUGCUCUACCUGAAGUAAUAUUAAUAUGUAUGCCAUAUGUAACAAACUUGGAUCACCAUGUGCAAUAAAGGUGAAUUUCUUUA